UGUUCCGCCCAGGCGCUCGCACAGAUACCGAGUAAAGUGACGGUGGGAGUCUGCCGCUCCUGUUUCCCAGCGAUGGCGCCGAGGUGCCGCGCCCAAUCCCCGGUUUACCCGCCGGUACUCAGCGCUGUUCAGGGCUCAUUCAGACCGUGAGAACUGGAACGGGACCGGGGGAGCUGCGGGAAGCUGUCUGCAACGGGGACAAUGAAGAGCUGCCGGACCCUUGGGACUAAUAGCGGGCGCCGUCGCGGCACCUGCUGAGAGAAAAGAGGGAGCGGCCCGGCAGGGACCGGGCGGAGGCUAGCCGGCGCCUCGGCCAUGUCGCUACUCUGUGUGCGCGUUAAAAGAGCCAAAUUCCAGGGUUCACCAGAUAAAUUUAACACAUAUGUGACCCUGAAAGUACAGAAUGUGAAGAGCACAACUGUAGCAGUUCGAGGCGAUCAACCUUCUUGGGAACAAGAUUUCAUGUUUGAGAUCAGUCGCCUGGACCUGGGUCUAAGUGUGGAGGUAUGGAACAAAGGACUGAUCUGGGACACCAUGGUGGGAACUGUGUGGAUUGCACUGAAGACAAUUCGCCAGUCAGAUGAGGAAGGGCCUGGUGAGUGGUCUACAUUGGCAGAGACAUUAAUGAAAGAUGAUGAGAUCUGUGGAACUAAAAACCCAACUCCUCAUAAAAUCUUGCUUGAUACAAGAUUUGAGUUGCCUUUUGAUAUCCCAGAGGAGGAAGCCAGAUAUUGGACCUACAAAUUGGAGCAAAUCAAUGCCUUGGGAGCUGAUAAUGAGUAUCCUAUUCAAGAAGAAAGCCAGAGGAACUCCUUGCCCGCUGCUGCCGCCCAGUGUUCCUUUGAAGACCCUGAUAGUGCCGUUGAUGACCGAGACAGCGACUAUCGAAGUGAGACCAGUAAUAGCAUCCCACCUCCUUACCAUACGACUUCCCAACCCAAUGCUUCUGUGCACCAGUUUCCUGUGCCUGUGCGAUUGCCACAUCAGCUACUGCUUCAGGGCGGUUCCCGGGACUCUUGCAGUGACUCUAUACAGAGUUAUGACCUUGAUUAUCCAGAGCGGCGGGCCCUCAGCCCUGCUAGCAGUAGUAGGUAUGGCUCCUCCUGUAAUGUGAGUCAAGGAAGCUCUCAGCUGAGUGAACUAGACCAAUAUCAUGAACAAGAUGAUGAUCGUCGGGAGCGGGAUUCAAUUCAUUCCUGCCACAGCUCUGGCAGUCUCUCUAGAGAUGGCCAGGUUGUCUCUGGAGAACAAGAGAAAACCUUGGAAGUUAUAGGUGAAGCAGAGAAGGGGACAACCAUUGAACCUAAAGAGAUGAGAGAAGAUGCCAUACCUCAUCCUCCCCCAGAUCUGGUGCUACACAAGGACCAUGUCCUAGAACCCCAGGAGAGUGUUCCUGAAGAGAAUGCAUCUUCGCCAUUUACCCAAGCCAGAGCACACUGGAUCCGAGCAGUGACCAAGGUCCGACUCCAGCUGCAGGAGAUUCCAGAUGAUGGUGACUCCUCUCUGCCUCAGUGGCUUCCAGAAGGGCCAGCGGGAGGGCUCUAUGGCAUCGACAGCAUGCCAGACCUACGCAGAAAGAAGCCAUUGCCACUUGUCAGUGAUUUGUCACUGGUCCAGUCCCGGAAGGCAGGGAUUACUUCUGCAAUGGCUACACGUACCUCUCUUAAGGAUGAAGAGCUGAAAUCCCAUGUGUAUAAGAAAACCCUACAGGCCUUAAUCUACCCCAUCUCGUGCACCACACCCCACAACUUUGAGGUCUGGACAGCUACCACCCCAACCUACUGCUAUGAGUGUGAAGGACUGCUCUGGGGCAUUGCCCGGCAAGGCAUGCGCUGCAGCCAGUGUGGGGUCAAGUGUCAUGAGAAGUGCCAGGACCUGCUCAAUGCUGACUGCCUGCAGCGGGCUGCAGAAAAGAGCUCUAAACAUGGAGCUGAGGACCGGACACAGAACAUUAUCAUGGCCAUGAAGGACCGCAUGAAGAUCCGAGAACGAAAUAAACCGGAGAUCUUUGAUGUUAUCAGGGAUGUCUUCACAGUGAGCAAAGUUGCCCACGUGCAGCAGAUGAAAACAGUGAAACAGAGUGUACUGGAUGGCACCUCUAAAUGGUCAGCCAAGAUUACCAUCACUGUGGUAUGUGCCCAGGGCCUACAAGCCAAGGACAAAACAGGAUCCAGUGACCCUUAUGUGACUGUGCAAGUUGGUAAAACCAAGAAACGUACCAAGACCAUUUUUGGAAACUUGAAUCCUAUUUGGGAGGAGAAGUUCCAUUUUGAGUGCCAUAACUCCUCUGACCGCAUUAAGGUACGUGUGUGGGAUGAGGAUGAUGACAUCAAAUCAAGAGUGAAGCAGCGGUUAAAGCGAGAGUCUGAUGAUUUCCUUGGCCAAACCAUCAUUGAGGUUCGGACACUGAGUGGCGAGAUGGAUGUCUGGUACAAUCUGGAGAAGAGGACAGACAAGUCAGCCGUCUCAGGUGCUAUCCGACUACAGAUCAGUGUGGAGAUCAAGGGGGAGGAGAAGGUAGCUCCGUACCAUGUGCAGUAUACAUGCCUCCAUGAGAACCUUUUCCAUUAUCUCACAGACAUUCAGGGCAGUGGAGGAAUCCAGAUACCUGAGGCUCGAGGAGAUGAUGCGUGGAAGGUGUACUUUGAUGAGACAGCCCAAGAAAUUGUGGAUGAAUUUUCCAUGCGCUAUGGCAUUGAGUCCAUAUAUCAGGCCAUGACGCACUUUGCAUGUUUGUCAUCCAAAUACAUGUGUCCUGGUGUGCCAGCAGUGAUGAGCACCUUGCUGGCCAAUAUCAAUGCCUACUAUGCCCACACAACUGCCUCUACCAAUGUCUCUGCGUCUGACCGCUUUGCAGCCUCCAACUUUGGGAAAGAGAGAUUUGUAAAACUGCUGGACCAGCUACACAACUCACUGAGGAUAGACCUCUCUACAUACAGAAAUAAUUUCCCUGCUGGGAGCCCUGAACGGCUUCAGGAUUUAAAAUCCACAGUGGAUUUGCUGACCAGCAUUACUUUCUUCAGAAUGAAGGUGCAAGAACUGCAGAGCCCUCCACGAGCCAGCCAAGUGGUAAAGGAUUGUGUGAAGGCCUGUUUGAACUCCACCUAUGAGUAUAUCUUCAACAACUGCCAUGACUUAUACAAUCGCCAGUACCAGCUGAAGCAGGAGCUACCUCUAGAGGAACAAGGUCCCAGCAUUCGGAACCUGGAUUUUUGGCCCAAACUCAUCACACUCAUUGUGUCAAUCAUAGAGGAAGAUAAAAAUUCCUAUACACCUGUUCUGAACCAGUUUCCUCAGGAAUUGAAUGUGGGAAAAGUCAGUGCAGAAGUGAUGUGGCAUCUGUUUGCCCAAGACAUGAAAUAUGCCUUAGAGGAGCAUGAGAAAGACCGACUGUGUAAGAGUGCUGACUACAUGAACCUGCACUUCAAGGUGAAGUGGCUCCACAAUGAAUAUGUGCAGGAUCUGCCUGCCCUCCAGGGGCAGGUGCCUGAGUACCCAGCGUGGUUUGAGCAAUUUGUGCUGCAGUGGCUAGAUGAGAAUGAGGAUGUGUCCCUUGAAUUCCUGCGUGGGGCCCUGGAACGAGAUAAGAAGGAUGGGUUCCAGCAGACAUCAGAGCACGCGCUUUUUUCCUGCUCUGUGGUGGACAUCUUCACGCAGCUCAAUCAGAGCUUUGAGAUCAUCCGGAAGCUGGAAUGCCCAGACCCCAACAUCCUUGCCCACUACAUGAGGAGAUUUGCUAAGACCAUCGGGAAAGUGCUGAUGCAAUAUGCAGACAUCUUAUCAAAGAACUUCCCAGAUUAUUGCACAAAAGAAAAACUGCCCUGCAUCCUGAUGAACAACAUGCAGCAACUGAGGGUCCAACUGGAGAAAAUGUUUGAAGCCAUGGGAGGCAAGGAGCUAGACCCUGAAGCUGCAGACAGUCUGAAGGAACUGCAGGUGAAACUGAAUACGGUUCUGGAUGAGCUCAGCGUGGUGUUUGGAAACAGCUUCCAGGUGCGGAUUGAUGAGUGCGUUCGACAAAUGGCCGAAAUCCUGAGCCAGGUUCGAGGCACAGGAAAUGCAUCCCCCAAUGCCAGGGCCUCCGUGGCUCAGGAUGCAGAUAGUGUGCUGCGGCCUCUCAUGGACUUCCUGGAUGGCAACCUCACACUUUUUGCCACUGUGUGUGAGAAGACAGUUCUGAAGCGUGUCCUGAAGGAGCUCUGGCGUGUGGUGAUGAACACAAUGGAAAGAAUGAUUGUUCUGCCCCCACUCACAGACCAGACGGGCACCCAGUUGAUCUUCACUGCUGCCAAGGAGCUGAGCCAUCUUUCCAAACUCAAGGACCAUAUGGUACGAGAAGAAACACGGAAUCUCACUCCAAAGCAGUGUGCUGUCCUCGACCUGGCCCUGGACACCAUCAAGCAAUACUUCCAUGCAGGAGGCAAUGGACUAAAGAAAACCUUCCUGGAAAAGAGCCCAGAUCUACAGUCCCUACGCUACGCUCUGUCUCUCUACACACAGACCACAGACACUCUGAUCAAGACCUUUGUGCGCUCCCAGACUGCCCAGGUAUAUGAUGGGAAAGGUAUUAGGUUUACUGCUAAUGAGGACAUUCGGCCGGAAAAGGGGUCUGGUGUGGAUGAUCCUGUGGGAGAAGUCUCUAUUCAGGUGGACUUAUUUACACACCCUGGUACUGGGGAGCACAAGGUCACGGUGAAAGUGGUGGCUGCCAGUGAUCUCAAGUGGCAGACAGCAGGUAUGUUCCGGCCUUUUGUGGAAGUGACUAUGGUUGGCCCACACCAAAGUGAUAAGAAGAGGAAAUUCACAACCAAAUCCAAGAGCAACAACUGGGCCCCCAAGUACAAUGAGACAUUCCACUUCCUCCUGGGAAAUGAAGAGGGUCCAGAGGCCUAUGAGUUGCAGAUAUGUGUGAAGGAUUACUGCUUUGCCCGGGAGGAUCGCGUCCUAGGGCUGGCUGUGAUGCCUCUGAGGGAUGUGGCAGCCAAAGGCAGCUGUGCCUGCUGGUGCCCCUUGGGCCGGAAGAUCCACAUGGAUGAAACAGGAAUGACCAUUCUCCGGAUUCUGUCUCAGAGGAGCAAUGACGAGGUGGCCCGAGAGUUUGUGAAACUCAAAUCAGAGUCCCGUUCCAUGGAGGAGGGCAGCUGAACACUUUUGGUGUAUGUGUCAACCAGGCAGCAUCUUUUGCACAAAACAGCCAGUGGGGGCUAGCUGUGUAACCAGCUUAGGGUCCUUGUAGUCAAGAGGCUGAUCUCUUUGGUAAAGUAUAUUUAAGGAAAUUUGGGGGGUAUUGAGAAUAUGACUUUUCACAGAAAGGUUCAUGAAUCCCUGAGUGUAGUGGGUGUGUGGUACUAGGAGCUGGGCUGUGGGAGCUACUGCCUGGAGAGAUUUUCCAUGGAGAGGGACAGACAUUUCAGAAAGUAUCAGCCAUUCUUGGUAAUACCGUCCACUCUACUUCCCAUCUCUAUACUCCAAACCACACCUUAUCCAGUUUGAUACUUACAUAUCAAGCAUUAGAAGAAUAAGUUUAGAGGGUCUGGAGCUUACUCCUGACUGGCUAGAUAGUCAGUGGAGCCUAUAGAUAUUGCUGAGCCCCUGGUUUAUAUUGGAGAAUGGGAAGGGAAGGAGCACACAGAAUAGAAUUCAGUGUCUCUUGAGCAAAAUCCACUGGUUUUAUAUGGUUCCAAUGAGAACAAGACUUUGAAAAUGAACAACAUACUUUCUAGAAAUGAGCUGUGCUAAUCUCUUCCCUCAGAUUUUAUCUGUCAUGAAUAGAAACAGGUUCACAUGGUGCUUCAGAACCCUAAUCAGACUAUUUCUUUGGAACCAACAUACCAGGGGCCAUCUGCCUAGAAUCCCCUACCUCACUCCUGUAGGCAGGGGAGUGAUCCUUAAGACACCAGAGGCUGUUCUUAUAUGUGUAAACCUGACAGCUAGCCAAAGGAUCCAGGGGAAGUAUUUUCUUCUUGGUAGACCAGAACAAAGCCAAAAAUUGUGGAAACUAGAGAGUUGUUCUCAUCUAUGGCUGCUGCCUUCUGACUGCCUUCCUUCUUGCAGAAAGUUUUAGCCUUUGGCCUUUUUCCCUGUCAUCAGGGUCAGCUGCUGUUUCCCUCAUAGAUGUUCAACCCUACAGAAGGAGCUUGGACUCUGAUCCCUCUGUACAGGCUGGAUGGAGAGGGCCUCAACAUUCCCUGGGAGGUCAGACAAAUUCUUACAAAGGGUCAGAUGGACUUCCCAGGCCCUAGCUCAGAGGUGUGACAUGAUCCUCUUGGAUUUCCUCAAUAGCAACCUCCUGAACUUCCGGAGGACUCAUCAUUGUCCACAGCUGUACUGGCCAAUUCAUGAAACAAGAAACCAAGCAUCUUUGCUGUUUUUAGUUAUUGUGUGUGCCAUUGUUCCAUGAAAUUAUAGGCUUGUCUAUAAUAAAUCAUCUUAUAGCAGCC